GCACGGCCAACACAUCUAGCUCAGUUGGGACUUGUCGAUUGAUAGAGCAGUCACGUUUUCACUCCAGGGGCGGACCAUGUCGAUCGAUAAGGAAGGCGCCAUCCAUGGCAUCACGCGUUGUGACAUCCAUGGCAGCACGACUGCAUUCUCCCGCCUCUUACAUUGAUCGGCAAGCUAAUCAUAUUGCUACACUGCGGCAGCCGCCAUGGCCAAAUCUCAACGAAGGUCAGGAGGGUGAGAGAAGGCCUCCGCUGAGGUCCAUGGAUCGUUUUUUUAUCCGGAGAGAGAAAGAAGAAAGAAAACCCUCGCUCCGUCUCAGAUUGGCUAUGGCGAACGCGGUACGGAUCACGCUCUCCUCCUCCUCCUCCUCCUCCUCCGCCUCCUGGCUCUGCCAUCACUGUUACCACCACCAUUCUCGCAAUCGCGACUCUUCUUUGAGCUCUGCUUUCUCAUCAUCCGGGAGAAAAACGUUUUUCUGCCGGGGCUGCCACUCUCUCUCGUCGUCUUCCUCGUUUUCUUCGUCGGCUUCCAGUCGCCAUAGCCGGCUUCUUCAGAUCCCCGCCGCCGCCGCCAGCGGCCGGAUCGUCUCUGCUUCCGCAUUGUACAGCGUCGGCGGCGGCGACGACGAUUUCGCCGUUGUCUGCCGCUGCUUGAUCUCGGCGUCGGUGGCACGCGUCGGCUUGCGAAGCGCUGGGUCGCGGUCGCGGUCGCGGUCGCGGUCGCGGCUUCCCACGGCUGCAGUCGCGUCGGGAUGGGCACGCGCACGGUGGUGCUGCCGGCUCUGUGACCGAGCCGCUGCCGCUGCCGCUGCUGUCGCGGCGGACCGUCGCUGCAGCUGCUGGCGAUGCGCUGGUCCUUCGUCGGGUUUUCGACCCGUUUUCCACUUUAGGAAAGGUGGCCGCGAAUUUUCUAGUCGAUCCAAUAAUGACCGGUCAGCUGUGCCGUCUUUCGUCUCGCGAGAUCACGGCGAUGGCGGACGGGAGAGCGAAGAGAAACGGUGUGGAGAGGGAGAGGAGUGGGGAGACAGAGUGGAGGUGAUGGCAUCAUCUGGGAAUCGCAAGGAGGGAGAGGUUGCGGGGAAGGAGGGGGUUGAUUGGAAGGAGGGUUCAAUCUUUGCCGUCGUAGAUCGGCAGCAGCAACUGGAUCGCCAUGUGGCAAACGAUGAGCGAUCCUACGUGGAGCACUUUGCACCCCCCGAUGAGGAGGAGCUUGGAGGCGGGAAUCGAGGUGUCGUCGAAGGGUUGGCCAGAUUAACCAGCGUCUCGAGUCCAUCAAAAGAUGAGAAGGAAGAGGAGGAGAAGGAGUGGGGGGGAAGAGUUACUGAAGGCCUGCUGGGGAACCCUACAAGAGGCGUAAGAUCGACGGAGACUGAGGACGAGAUGACAAGGAGAAGACGCAUAGAGAGUGAGCGGGAAGCGGAGCAGAGAGAGGAGCAGGAAGAGCACAGCGGGGAGGAGAUCCCUCUCGAAGAGCAAUUGCGCCGAAGAUUGGACAAGUUGAGGGGUCUCGUUGCCCAUCACGGCUAUCUAUAUCACACUUUGGAUCGGCCUGUGCUAAGUGAUGAUGCUUACGACUCCCUGGUAAAGGAACUGCGUGACCUUGAAGCAGAGUUGAAGGAUCAGGAUUCUCCACGUGAUGAAUUGGUAAGGAGAUCGCUCACAUGGACAUACAUUGAUGAUGCUUACGACUCCCUGGUAAAGGAACUGCGUGACCUUGAAGCAGAGUUGAAGGAUCAGGAUUCUCCACGUGAUGAAUUGGUGGGUGCCCCUCCAUUGCAGUCCCUGCCAAAGGUGAAGCACACAGUACCUAUGCUUAGUCUGGCAGCAGUGCAUAGUGAGACCGAGCUUCGUGCAUGGCACAAGCGGUUGAUGGAAAGAAUAAACUCGCUGAAGGUUGCGGCAGACUUUGAAGUGUGGAAAGCCGGAGCACAAGACGAGGAGGCGGCGGCAUGUUUAAAACAGGUGGCAUGGGUUGUGGAACCUAAGAUUGAUGGCUUGGCAGUGAACCUGAGCUACAGAGGCGGCAAGCUAGUUCAGGCAGCGACUCGAGGUGAUGGCGUGACAGGAGAGGAUGUUACCAGGAAUGCAAGAUCCAUUCCCUCCAUCCCUCGUGUGAUCUUUGACGAGACAGCCAUGUCUUCAGUGGUAAACCCAGAGGGAGAUGAAGCACUACCAAAGGAAAUGGAUGUUCGAGGGGAAGUCUACAUGUGCUUGGAUGAUUUCCAGGAGCUGAACGCGUUGCAGAUCCUAGCAGGAAUGCCAGGGUUUUCCAAUCCCCGCAAUGCGGCGGCCGGUUCUUUGCGGCUGCAGGAUGCAGAGGCUUCUUCACAGCGGCGGUUGAAGUUCAUGGCGUACAGGGCAAUCAUUCAUGUUCUUCACGAGAAUGGGCGACUGGAAUCAGAUGCAGAUGUCACGAGGAGAGAAGAAAGUGGCAGUCAAGGUCAAGGAUCAGGUGAACCUGGAUGUGUUUUCGACACAUCGGCUGCUGACAUCCGAUUUUCUAGCCAGUGGGCAGCGCUGCAACUGCUCAAGAAGCUUGGAUUCCCAGUGAACGAUCACAACCGUCUGUUCGCCGACUUCGAUUCUGCUGUACAGUUCGCGAAAGAGUGGCGGGAAAAGAGGGCAGAACUUGACUAUGAUAUUGAUGGAAUUGUCUUUAAAGUUGAUGAUGCUGAUCUUCAAGAAGCAUUAGGCACAUCCAGACGGGAACCGAGAUGGGCAGUGGCAUGGAAGUUUCCGGCGACAGAAGCAUUGACGACGCUGAAGGGAAUCAAGCUGGCAGUGGGAAGGUCGGGACAUGUCAUUCCUGUCGCAGAUCUUGAGCCAGUUGAAGUUGGUGGAGUUGUCAUCGCGAAGGCUACGCUACACAACUGCAGGUUUGUAGAGAAACUGGGACUCUGCAUUGGAGAUCGCGUUGUUCUGCGCCGUGCUGGUGAUGUCAUUCCACAGGUGGUUAGUGCGCUCCCGGAUCUUCGCAGUGAGCAUGCCACUGCCUGGAAACCACCUACGCAGUGCCCAGGUUGCAGCGGCCCUCUGUCACUCAUCUCUGAAAGAGAACCACAAACAGUAUGCAAUAAUGUUCAUUGUCCGGCACGCCAGAAUCGGCAACUGGAGCAUUUCGCAAAGAUGUUAUUUUAUGGGCUCGGCUCAAAGAGGGUUCAGAAACUUCUCAAGGAAGGACUGGUUGUGGACUGUGCUGAUUUUUACAGUCUGAGUGCAGACACACUCGCAGCUGUCGAUGGCCUUGGCAAGAAGCAAGCUUCAAAUCUCAUCCAGUCCAUUGAGAAGAGCAAGCAGAUAAGCAUGGGCAAACUUGUGGCUGCUUUGGGAAUUCCUCUGGUUGGAAAGGAUGCGGCAAGUCUCCUUGAGGGAGAGUUCCACGACAUCGAGGAUUUGGCGAAGGCGUCGUUGGAACAACUUCAACGGGUUCCUGGCAUUGGAAGUGUGAGAGCCUUAUCUAUACGGAACUGGUUCAGUAAUCCGGCGAACGCUGAUCUUCUUCGUAGACUGAUCGAGGCUGGGGUGUCCAGAUCAGGGAAGCCUUGGCGCUCGCAGCAACAGCUGGCUGAGGCAGACAGAUCAGCUGGGAUUGGGACUGGGAUUGGGGUGAGGGUGAGGAUGGGGCUUGCUGAUGAGGAGGGUGAGCUGGCGGAUAGUACAAUCAGUUUGUCAGAGAGAGGAUCCGCAGAGCACUCUGGAAUUUUUCGAUUGUUGGAUGACCAACUUCGGCAUAGUGAAGUUGGCGAGAAAUGGAAACGGAAUUUGGAUCAAGGAGAAAACGAGGUCGGUAGUUCCGGGAGAACGAUGCCAGACGGCAAUACGUCGGAAUACGACAGAGGUCCUCUGCACAGAGGAGUGCAGAGCUCGAAAGGAACGCAAGACAUUUUGCGCGGUAUGGUUGUUGUGGUCAGUGGGAAAUUCACGAGUCGUAAACGAGAAGAGAUCAAGCAGUUAGUGGCGACAUUUGGGGGAAAACUGCGGAAAUCGAUAUCCACGAAGACAACAAUGCUUGUUGCAGGCAAUGACGCAGGACCUACAAAGCUAAGGAAGGCAAAGCAGCUUGGAAUCUCUCUAGUCACAGAAGAGUCCUUCCUGAAGAUGCUUGGGUUGAACUGAAACUGAUCAUCCCCCCAGUCCAUCUUUCAACAAUCCUGGUAGACUACUAACCACCGCAGCAACCACCAUUCCCUAUU